ACCAUUUAAGUGACUGAGGAAUUCACUCUUCGACAGGUUGGGGACAUGUUAUAGGAGUGAAGACUAAAAAGUGUUUGAACUAUUCUACACGAGUCAAGAACUGCGCAAAGUGUAACUUGAACAGCAAAACGGGGAAAAAGGUACAGCAGCAUGAGUGUCGUAAAAACUGGACAGGAAGUGCUAAAAGUAUGGAACCGGAUAUCGUAACGAGUCUGCACGAAAAAGCUAAUGGAUUCUGGUAUGAAAUUUGUAGGUGUAAUUGGUGACGAAGAUGCGUCAGCUAUAAAACACAUACGAGAGAAAGUGAAUCCAAAUAUCAAGAAAUUUUCAGAUUUCGGACAUAUAAAAAGAAAUUUGAGACGGAAACUUGAGACACUACAAAAAGAAAAUAAAACUCUCACCAGGAAAGUUACAGACAGCUUCCUAAAAAACUUCUCAUAUGCUGUCAAACAAAACAGAACAGGGACAGAGGAUGACAUGAGCAAGUCUAUAAUGGAAAUAGUAUCCCAUAUGUAUGGAAAUCACAGUAUGUGUGGUCAUUGGUGUUCCAUCACGACUGGCAAAAAUGAAAAACAUGCUAAUUUACCUAAAGGCAAAGAUCUGACUGACCAAUCAUUGAGACUCAAAAUGGAGAAUUUGUUGGCGCCUUUUAUUUCUAACCCGGGAAAACUCAUGACAUCUGGUACAACCCAGUCAAAUGAAUCACUGAAUAAUGUUGCUUGGAGCAAAGCUCCUAAAAUACGAAACUACAAUGCCAGCGAAAGUUUUGACAUUCGGUGUUCGGCUGGAGUCGCGCAGUUUAAUGAUGGAAUUGGAUAUGUGAACAAAGUUAUAGAAAAUUCAGGUCUUUCUCCACAAAAAAAUUCUUGGUAAAUAUACUUGUUCAAAAGACAGACAGAGGGAUUAUUUUAAAUCUUAUAAAACCGAAAAAAAAGUCAAGCAAAGACGUUACGAAUUGAAGAAGAAAAGAUUAUUUGUGAAUACCUCUUCCGAAAUUAAGGAAG